AUGAGAUUACAUGCCCUCCCGACAACCACCGGAAACUCAAUAAUUAACGUUAAGGUUUGUGAAUUCUGUGCGACCCCGCCUUCUUUCAAAGGUUGCCUUCAUGUCACACUUUCCCCGCCAAACUUAUCUCCAAUUUAUGGUCUAGUGGGUUCCCCUUUUGUCGUUAUCAAAAACCACUUAUGUGGCUUGCAAGAUUACACCAGUUUCCCAUCUG